AUGGCUGCUUCUUCAUCUUCUUCCUGUGCAAAAAUAGCAAAAUAUGGGAUCGCGAUGAUCCUGUUGGUCGCAGUUCUGUGGAGCAGUGCCCAUGGCGUGGAAGUGGCGAAGCCCCCCAAGUGCAGCGGGCGUGGAGUGAACGAAGCAUACAGCAGCGACGUGAGCCAGCUGGUGCAAGAUCUGCAGCAAGCGGCCAAGCCAAACAAGCCGGCCACGCUCACGGUCGGCUUAGUUACAGGGACGGCCAGCUGCCAGACCAAGAAACCAAAGGACUGCACAGGUUGUCUUGGCGUCGCCACAGUCCAGCUCGCCGUAGAUUGCAAGGGAAAGGCGGUCGGCAAGUCCACCGGAGUAGGCACCCACAACUGCAAAAUGAGCUUCCGCCCCGCAUAA